GCCAUGCCAAACCUGCUUGGCUUGAGGUCCAUUUAUCUGAAGACUGAUGCAGAACUGGCAUCUUGUGUGCAUGACGUUCAGGACCCCGAAUCUUCAGACACAAUGGCAGAUGAAAGUUUCCAGCAAGAGUUCCUUGACACCCACAAUGACUACCGGCGGACACACGGCGCUCCGCCGCUCACCCUCAACAGUGACCUGUGUGCAGCUGCUCAGAAAUGGGCCAACCACAUAGCGUCCAUCAACACCCUGCAGCACAGCAGCACCAAGGACGGAGAGAACAUAUACUAUGCAUCUAGCUCCAACCCCAUUAAACUGACAGGGAAGGAGGCUGUGGAGAACUGGUACGGCGAGAUCAAAGACUACCAAUGGGACCAGCCCGGAUUCAACAUGAACACUGGACACUUCACCCAGGUCGUGUGGAAGGACAGCACUGAGCUGGGCGUGGGGCAGGCUUCAAACGGAAACAGUGUGUUUGUGGUCGGUCAGUACAGGCCCGCCGGCAACAUGAACGUUGCGGGCUACUUUGAGAAGAACGUCCUCCCUUCAUCAGUGUAAAGGCUGUGCAUUUUACAGCUGGCAGACGGAUGGAGAGCCCACACAACACCUCCACUUCCGGCAACAGAGAGAGAACAAAAACGACCUGUGCACUUUUCUAGAUGAGCGAAACAACCCUGCUACUCUUC